AUGUGUUCUCUACAUAUUGAUACUGAAAUCUCCAACUCCAAGGUCAACUCCACAUGGCAAAUGGACGUUUUCGAACAAUACGCGGCUGUUCUUGAUUCAAUGGCCGGGUACAGCAAUCUCUUGGGGCUCCUUGUUGGAGAUGAAACGAUUUCAGGCUAUACGUCGGUCGAUCUAGCCCCGUAUCUAAAGGCUGCAGCUCGCGAUAUGAAAGCUUAUACUGCCGCAAGACAGUAUCGUCCUAUAACGUUACCGAUUGGAUACGCCACAAGUGCAGAGUAUACCUAUAUGCAAGCACUAGGAGAAUACCUUGUGUGUGGAGGUAACAGUGACGAUGCCGUCGACUUCUAUUCAGUCAAUGGAUACCAGUGGUGUGGCAAUUCAUCCAUAAGCGACUCUGGCUACGAUACAUUGACGUCGAAAGUAGAAGGCCUAUCGGUACCCGUCUUCUUUUCUGAAGAUGGUUGCAACAUGGCUCCGCGGCUCUUCGGAGACCAGUCCGCGAUUUUUGAGUCGAAUAUGUCACGUAUUUGGAGUGGUGCAAUCAUAUAUGAGUGGAGGGAAGAAGCGAGUAACUACGGGCUUGUUUCAUAUACCACUUCCGAGGUUAGUACGCCAACAACUCUGGCCGACUACAAUGCUUUGAAAAGCCAGUGGUCUGCUGUGAUUACAAAUGGCGACCCUCCAUCAAGUUUUGCUACUCCUUCCUGUCCCACAUCGAUCAAUUCAUAUUGGCCUAUCAACCCCAGCGCCGCACUACCAACGAUCGCGGGUCUUGACUUUGCCACCAUCAAAGUGGCGGGUGCCACCGGUACUGCGGAUAGUACCAGGACGAGUACCAGUACAAGCACCAACAGCAACAAUAGCACGGAAUCCGAGCUUUCAAGCGGUGCGAAGGUCGGAAUCGGUAUUGGUGUUUCGUUAAGCUUGGUGCUCGCUAUGGGCGGCCUGUUCCUGUUUUCCUGGCGCCUAAGGAUAAGGAAUCGACAAGAAAAUACAUCAUCUUCGAUGGCACAGACCUUCGAACUUGCCGCGGGAAGUUUUAGCCAUAUUGCUCCCCUUGCCGAGUUAGCCCACACUGCUCCGAUGGCUGAAUUAGGCCAUACUGAUUCACCGAGUGAACUACCAAGUUCAUCUCUGAAAGCCCAAGAGCUUGACUCUGGCAUGAUUCACAAGUCUCACAAGGCAGAGAAGUGA